UUUUGCUGAAAACAUAAAAAAAAACAGACACCAAAAAAAGAAAAGCUUAAUCUCCGGUUUAGCAAUUUAGUUUGCUUCGCAGUGUUUUUUUUUGCAACAAGAUAAACGAUACAAUCAGGGCUAACGUUUAAGACAAAAAAAAGGAAGCAGAAAACGGUGUGAUACGCGGCGUGUCGGUGCAAAUUUUUGAUGCUCCGUUGGGCAUCCAACCACACUACGGCCAGCAACCGGUCGCCCUUGAUCAGGGCGCCCGCUGGUCUUUUAGUAACACACACACAUCGCUCGGUGGCGAUAUUUGCAAAACUUUCCGAGCCUAAUAAUGAAGAACCAUUAAGGGUGGCUGGCGCUCGUAACGGUUUACAGAGGCACAACUUUCCCCUCCUUUGCCAGCGGUUGGAAGGAAAUUAAGGCUCUCUCCCCGGGGAUGGUGCGGAGUGGUGGAGGGAGAGACGAACAAGAAAACAAAAGCUAACAACAACAGCAAAGCGAUGGCUAUAAUGGGGGCACGCUGGUGGAGGCUGUCGGUGGCUAGCGCCGCCGGAAAGUGAGAGUGUGUGGCCAGCCACUCUAAGACACCUCCAGCUGCCGGCUGCCCAAAUAGAAAAGUCAUUCCGUAAGUCACCGGCGCGCAUCACAUUCACACACUGGCUCUGCGGGAGAAAAAGUUUCUACAUCUGUGUUUGUUUGUUUGUUUGUGUGAAUGUGUAUGUGCUGAUUACCAAUAGAGUGGCGUAAAGCGUAGAGAGGAUUCGAGAAAGAGGCUUAUUGGAAAAAUUGGAAACCAAUUGGUUUUUUUUUGUUGUGUGAAUUUUGGCCGUCGUGUGUGUUGUGUUGUGUGAUACACGCCAGAGCAACCAUCAUCAAGCUGAAUCCGAUGGAUUCACAGUGCUUAUUUUAAUCAAUUUUCUCACCAUCGUACAUCGUUAAUUAGUGACGUGGAGUUAGUGUGUGUGUGUGCACAAGUGUGUCUGUGAAUUUGCCGGCCCUUGGGGGCCCCUUUGGUUCCGGGUUGUGUCAAUUGGUGUGCCCUUUUUGAAGUGACGAAGAAAGUGGAUGUAAUUUGCCCACCUGGGGCCAGCAGGAAAAGCCCGCUUUUAGUUUGUGUAGUGAUUUAAGAAAAAUAGAGUGGGUGGUUUGAGGAGUAAAAACAAAUACGUAACAUACACACAUUCCAUUGGUAAAACGCGAGAGCUUUGGUGCUCGCUUUAACUGUUAACCGAUGACGUCUCGCCCGCGCGUGUACGUUCGACUGUGAAGAGCGAAGGCACAACACGUUCCUGGUGCUGCAACGGGAAGCGGGGUAAUUGCACACCAACGCAACAACAAUGUCGAAGGACACGACCCAAUCGCGCAUCCCCCGGCUGGACGGUGUGGGCAGCCGGAUACCGGUCCCGGGCAGCUUUCGCCUACCGAGCAGUACGGCGCGGCUCCCUACCAAGCGGCCACCACACCAGGCGACACCGCCGGCCACACCGAUCAGUUUGCUGCGGCCACCGUCCCGCUCCGGCGCGAUCUCGAUCGCCCGGUCCUACUCCGGCGACAAGCUGUCGGGCGGUGAGCCGAGCCCGUUCCCACUGCUGGCCGCUUCUACGCCGGCCCCGGCACUGCUCCGACUCGCCACACCGGCCGGCGGGUUGCCCUUUCUCAAGAAGCUCGAGCUGGUCACGGCCGGCACGACCGAACGGCUCGAGGACAUUAAACUUUGCCGGCGGGAGUUUGCAAUCCCCAGCGACGACGACGAUGAAGAUGACGGGGACAAUGAGCAGGACGCAUGCGGCCCGGACGCAACCGUGCAGAUGCUGGUAGACGAAUCGCUCGAGCUGGUCGGUGCGAACAGUACGGACAACCUGCUGGACCCGCCUGCGGUGCCGUGCGGGGAGGUGGAACCGGCCACGUUCGUAAUCCCGCCGAGCCACCGGAACGAGCACACCGUAACGCUGCAGCGCGAUGGGAACGUUACGUACGAGGUGCGGCGCAGCGGCACGUUCGUAAAGUCGUCCCGCGAGUCCCUGACCAGCGACGGACCGCGCCCGCCCGUCAUGAGCCUGACGCACACCCGCAGCCAUACCUCGCUCUCCACGUGCGGUGCGGUGCUCGGGCUGACGAAAACAUUCCGCCGCGAAAGCACCGAAAGUAUCGAUUCGCCUGCGCUGGACGUUACGCGCACCAUGCCGUUUCGGCGCCGACCGUCGGCCGGUGAGCUGCUGCUGCUGCUACAGGAGGAGCAGGAGGAGCAGGGCGGGCCUGGGCAGCCGGGGCGGCGCCGACCCCCCAUACUGAACUCGACGAUGGUGAACGAGCGGCUGCUGAACUUUACGCAAAGCAUACCGAACAUUACGCAGGAGCUGCUGUACGGGGAGGGGGCGGGCCGGGAGCCGUGUCCGGCGCCGGGCGAUAGCGUGCUCAACCGCACGCACUCGGUCGAGGAGCAGCGGGGGCUGCUGGGUGGGAAGGGGAAGUCCAAUCGGCUGACGUUUAAUUUGGAGGAAUCGCUCAACCUGAUGCAGUUCGGUGAGGACGACGCGGCGGCGACGGGCGGCCAGCAGGGUCCGUUGAGCAGGGCGGCGACGGUGUUUAGCUCAACGUUCCAUUCGGACUCGAUGGCGAUUCCAGCGGGAAGCGGUCAGAUGAAGCAGCUGGCGGCUGGACAGCUCAGCGGCACGAUGCUGAUGGACAUUAGUGCGCAGGACCGGACGCUUGUGCCGUCCGAGCUGGAGCGGUUUAGUGAUGGUGAGGAUGAGGAGCAGCGUAGUCACCCGGACCAGGGCAGGCGAACGAUUGAUCGGCAGCGGGAGGCGAGUCUAGAGGCGGACGUGAGCGCUGGGAAGGAAAUAUUCGACCUGAGCCUGGAAGAGCCCGAACCGAGCGAUCAGGAGCAGCUGCCACUGAGCUACCAGCAGCAGGAAGUCGUGGUGCGGCGUCAUCUGGAGGGUCGGGCCAGCACAGUGCCAGCCCCGAAGCAGCGGUACUCGUUCGGGCUCGACCUCACCGAGUGUACGCUGGACUGCUCGAUCGAGCUGUGCGACUCGUCGCUUUCGCUCACCAAACCCGCGCCGCAUCUGAAGUCACCGACGAGCUCCCUCACCAAGCAGGGCUCGUUCGAGAUGGACGAGAGCUUGGGGAUCCUGACGCCCGAUCAGAUGAAGGAGUUUCUCGACUCGACCACCACCAACACGAACAACACGAACAAUGCGGCCAGUGCGGCCGGGUUGGAGCUGCAGCUGAAUGUGGGUGCGGGGGGUGGUAGUGGCGGAGCGGGCCAUCAUCAUCAUCAUCUGCAUCACAAGCACGGUGCGUUGCAGCAUCACUGCCGGAUCGAUCAGACACCGUCGCCGGAGGAAUUGCCGCUCGACCCGGUGGGCGUCAAGACGGACAUGUCGGACAUUAUGCUGCCGGCUGAGCUGCUGCUCAUAGCAGGCGGUCCACAACCGUACAGUGGUGGUGGUGGUGGUGGUGUUGGUGGUGUGCUUGGGGCAGCUGGUGGACCUUCCAGUACAGGCGCCGGCGUCAGUGAGCUGUCCCAGGCCGACUCCGACCCCAAAACGGAUCAGAUGACAAAGUCGGCCACCUCGUCGAAGGUGUCGAACAGCUUCAUUACGAGCAUCACGAGCAUUACCAGCCUGGAUACGGGGUACCAGGGCGAUGGGGAGAUGUCGCGCCCAGCCAGUCGCGGUGCCGAUCAUUCCCCUUCGAAUGGGCCCCGUGUUAAAUCGGCUGCGGCCGGCGGUGGAGGCGCCUGGCAACCGAUGAUGGCGGCGGCCGUUGCGGCGGUACCGCGCCGCCAGGACCCGAUGACGGAUUCGGACUUUUUCACCGAGAGCGACGCGGACGACGUGUACAACCGGGGGGACGCACGGCGGGCACAGAUCAUCGACGGCCAGCUGUACGGUGGGGCGGGUGCGCCAGGUGCCAAUGCCAUCUUCAAUGCGAUAGACGAGCAGGAGGAUGCCGAGCUGCAGCAGCAGCAGCAGCGGGACGACGCCGCCCAGAACGAGGACUCGUGCAUGGAGUCGAGCGGGAUUUUCACCGACGUGGAAAACCGGGCCGACGACGACCUGGUGCAGCGGCGGGCGGACGAUCAGCAGCAGGCGGCCGUCGCGGGGCGAGGUUAUGGCGGCGGCGGCGACCAGCUGACGGCCAGCGAUGACAUGAGCCCCGAGUCCCUGUCGACGGACACGAUGAGCAGCAGCAACAGCCAGAGCUUUGUGCGGGCCGCGGGAGCGCCGAGGGAUGACGCAGCGUGCGGUGAGGGUGAGACGCGCCCAUUGCCGCCCGACGAACGUCCCGGGGGAGUCGGAGGUGGAAGCGCGGCGGACUUCGCUUCGCCGAAGGCGAACGAACCGCAGCAGCAAACGCCGCACCACUACCACCAACAGCCGGACGGGCGCGUUGAUAUUGGUGCCGGCGGUGGCAGCGGCGUCGUCGUUGUCGGCGCGAGUCCGACAGCUGGUUCGCCUGGUAGUGGUGUUGGUGCUGCUGGAAGCGUCGUCGCUGCGCGCUGUUCCGACAGCAGCUUCCACGACGUCAGUGGCAAGCGAUCGGUCGCGGCGUGCGGCAACCACAACGGUGCUAACGGCAGUCGCAAGCAGCAGAAGAACGAAGCGAACCGCGGGCUGCGGACGAAGCAUCAGCAGCAGCAUGCGCCAGCAGUGGUGGAAAUGUCCGCAACCACGUCCUCCGGUGGCGCCUCCUCGCGCACGGAUCGGUUGAGCAAGGUGCGCCAGUGUAAGCAGGAUUCGCAGGAAGCUUCGCGCGCCAUUUCGGCGGAGUGCAACGGUAGUGAGAGUGUCGAUUGUGAUCAGGAAAAUAAGCGUCCCAGUGUCCCGGCGGUGAGUGUUGGUGGUGCGCGUACAGGAGGUGUGAGUGCACGUGGUGGUGCGGGUGCGAGUGCCGGUGGUAGUGCCGGAUCCAAUCUAAGCUUUGUGAAAAAAUCCAACACCCCGAACAAGUGGGACGCGGUGAUGAGCAAGAUCGCGGAGAAUAAGUCGGUGAUGCGGCGCAAUUUCAGUGACGUCAAGUCGCGCAUUAGCUGCGGUGGUGGGGGUAGUGCAGUGGUCAGUGCAGGUGCAACGAAAGGUGCAUCGUCGACGGUGGUGGGGCGGCGGGACUCGCCCGCCGCCGCCACCGGCUCGCUCAGAAGCCCGCCGUCCGAGUGUACCAGCGUGGCGAGCCGCAGUUCCGCACACGGCAAGCGCACGAUCUCCGGCUCGGUGAAAAGAGGUCGCACCCACAGCAAAGACAGUGAGCAAAGCUCGCUGAGUGAUCUUAGCCUGUCCGGUGGCUCACCGAAGCUAACGCUGAAACUGCCCAGCACCCGACCAGCCAAAAAGCGAGAUGUGCGCACAAUUAACUCUUCAUCCAGCGACCUGGGACCGCCGUCCAAGACGAAUGGCGCACAGCCGGCACGGAGCAGCGCAGCCCGGGCGGCUGCCGCUUUGCAGAAACGUAUAUCUCCCAAUCUGACAAGCGCCUCGAUUCCGCUCGUACCGGAGCAGCUGAAGGCAUCGCCGCCGACAAAGCGCAAUAUGCUGCUGAAGCGUAACGGCACCACCAACGGAACGCUUCCUGCCAAGACACCACUGAAAGAUCACAAUCGUCUUGCUGGGGCGACGGCGACCACGAAAUCGGCUGCCGCGGCGGCCACUGCCGGUACGGUCGCUGGCAGCAACCACUCGCCGAAACCGACGCUGGCCAAAUCGACGCUGCUACGGUCGACAAGCGCGGUCCCGACCACGGCGACGAAUCAUCACGCAACCCCACCACCACCACCAUCGCACCUGUCCCACCAUCUCCAGCAUGCGGUCAAUGGAGGCGGCGGCGGCAGCGGCGUGGUGGCCAACAACACGACUACUGCUUCGGCGGCCAGCAACGCAACCGUCAAAGCGAUCCAGCGCAACGGCACGAUCAUACUGGACAAGACCAGCUCCCCGCUGCUAAUCUGCGAGGUGGGCGAGCGGGCAAAAGGGGUCGCUGCCGGGGCGAACAGUGCGACCAGCACUCCGGAAGUGCAAUCGAUACUGACGAUACUACCAUCCGCCUGCUCGACGCCGCUCGUGGCGACUGCCGGGACGCCGGUGGCGGCAGGAAAGGAACCGAACUGUGAUCAACUACACCAGCAGCAGCACCGCAACGGUCGUCACCGUGAAACGGCACCCCAUCACAGCGAGAGCAAAGGAUCGGAACUGGUCGACCUUGCCAUGCUCAGCCAUGCCCAGAAGGGUGUGGAAGCGUUGGGAGUUUUAGUACAAUACCUAGUUUUUAAUUUGGAUGCCUUCUCCUGUCCCACGAUCAAGGCGGCACACAAGAAGACCUCUGCCGACCUGCUGGAAACCAAGUCCAUACUGGACGAGGAGCGCACCAACAGCCAAACGCUGAAGCAGCAGCUGCUAGAAACGACGGAGCGCGAAACAGAGCUGCAGGAGCUGCAUCGCUGUGAGCUGAGCAAAGUUGAAACCUGUCUCAGUGAGCAGCAGCGCAGUGCGGACGACCGGAUUACCGCACUGGAAGCGCAACUGCUCGCGAAAGAGUCCCACAGCCGCGAGCUGCUGGCGCGCAUCGAUGGCUACGAGGCGAAGCUGGCCGACCAGGCGGAGCAGCUGGAAAGCGCUCGCGCCCGCGAGCUGGACCUGCUGCAGCGAAUCAACGCGCUCAGCUGCACCGAGAACGAGCUGCGCGAUAAGGUACACUCCAGCGAGCUGGCCUUCAGCGAGCGGUUGCAGGCGGCGGCCAUGCGCGAACGCGACCUCACCGACCAGAUCAACGGGCUGCACCGCGAGAUGGAGCGGAUGCGCCGCGAAACCGAGCGCAAGGAGCGCGAGCUGGAGGAGAAGCUCACGAUCACGAAGGAUGAGUGUGUGGUGCUGCGGCAGAGCCGGAACGGUUCGGUGGAACCGGCCUGCAGCCAGACCGGCAGUGGUACGGCAGCGGCCAGCAGCGGCAACACGAUGAACGUGUCGGGCAAUCCGCUGCAGCUGAACCGAUCGUCCGGCAACAUCAACCACCUGCAGGUGCUGCAGGACGAGGUGGACAGUUUGCGCUGCGUGCUCGACCUGAAGCAGCGCGAAAUUUCCGAGCUGCGCAAGCAGACGCAGGAGUACGAGCGGGACGCGAAGGAUCUGCCCGGUGCGCUGACGAAAAUUUCCGCGCUCGAGUCGCGCAUCGAGGAUCUGGAGGUGCAGCUGAAGACCAAAACGGAGGAAGAAAAAGAGCUGCAGCAAAAGUUGAAGCAUUUGCAGGACAACCUAAACCAGGAGACGAAGAUCAAGAGCCGGCUGUCGCUGCACAACGAGGAGCUCCAGUGGCGGCUCAAGCAAAACUCGGAAAAGUUCACGCUAGCGUACGCCGAGCUGUCCAAGAGCUACCACGAGAAUUCCAGCUUCAUGAUGAACGCGACGAAAUCGAGCCUGGACCAGUCGGUCUCGCACCACCAGCACCAGCUGAGCCACAACCAGUCGCGGUCGAGCUGCUCGGACCGGUUCUUCGACAUGGACGACAUUUCCCCGCCGACCUCGCCUGUCAUCAAGGGCAUGGUGGAGAAGAGUGACUCCGUCUCUUGGGUGCUCGAGAUCGACGACGAGCCGCCGGAGGUGUCGGCCUCGCGCAUGGUCCGCCGGGCCGGCUCGUUCCGCUCGAGCGCCGCGUACGACUCGGUGGCCAAGCGGCCAAAGUGCGCCGGCCUGAACCAAACCACCAGCGGCAUCCAGCAGUCGAGCUCGGCCGCCUCCAUCCUGAAGCAGCACUCCAGCGACCUGUCGGCGGCCGCGGUAAAGCCACCGCACUCGGGCGCCCCGUCCCACCGGUUGCGCUCCAAGUCGGUGAGCAUCAAGGCGGCCGAACCACCAAAGAAGAUCGUGCGCUCGAACUCGGGCGCCUCGGCAUCGCCCUGCCCGCCGGCAGGGGUCCCGUGCAAACCCUCGCUGCGCAUGGUGGACCUGCCGGGCUCGUCGUGGAAGGAGCAGCCACUGUACAGCAGCUCCCCGUACGCCCACAAGCGCUACCUGACCGAGGAGCUGGAUUUGAUCGGCACGGGCAAACCGUUCGCCGAGCAGCAGCAGCACCAUAAUCGGGCGAAAGAUUUGUUCCUGGAGGAGACGGAGUUUCUGAGCGAACCGGACAGUCCGUUCGCUCGUUGCCCGCCAAACGGGGCCGGUGAGGCCAACAUUGCCGAUCCGCCGGUCGAAAUCUUUCACCGCGACAAGACGCCCCACUUCAAGAAGAGCAAGGAAAACCGUGGCCUCAUUACCUGCGACACGACCGCACUCAUGGGGGGCGUCGGCAGUUCGUCCAAGGCGUCUGGCAGUGGGGGCGGGCUGACGGCGCGGGAAAAGCGAUGCGAGUUUACGCGCAAUGCCGGCAGUGCGCUGAAGGAGGGAGCGGGUGAGGCGCUCGUAUCGGGCUCCAACUCGGACGACGAAGCGCUGUCAACGUCGUCGUCGGGCUCGUCUUCGUCGUGCAUCUCCGAGGCCAGCCUAUCGUCGGCGACGGGGAGCAGCAGCAGCAGCCACGACAACAGCCCCCUGCACAGUGGCAAGCGGAGCAGCGAGCGGAUGAACAACGAGCACGACGACACGGUGGAGGGUGCGGCGAACUCGUCGGACGAGCAUCCGUCCCAGCACCGGCGGCGCCAUUCGAACGUCUCGCUCGAGGACGCACUGAUGAAGAAGAUCGUGGCCAGCCUGAACGGGGGCGGCGACGAGCCGCACGACGGUACGCCGAUGGAGGUGAGCUGGUCGGAGGAUGGCGAUCCCGGGUCGGAAUCGAACGUAUGACAAGACGACGACAGUUUUUAGGGCGGACAGCGACAGAGAGGGCACGUGGGAGAGCAGCAGCAGGGAGGGGGGCGACCAUUGCGACAAAAGUGAAACACAUUAUUCUUUAAGAGUAGUCGGUACACGGAUCGGCGCAGUGGCGCGAGAGACGAACGGUGUGAAACAUACGGUGGGAGACGAAUACUUCCCGUUGCCCUUUGCCCUCCCUUUUCCUCCACGCAAUACGACGGGUAAAAAGCGCGGGUCAUAAUGAUUCCGCUCACGUGAUUUGCAUUUUCUGUUUUCCGGAAAACCGAUUUGAGGAUCAAUCGGGUUCGAGCGACAAAACCACAACAAAAAUGCAAACAAUCGAAUGUGUGCGUGUUAACCGAAGGGUUAGAUGUUAGGUUAAGUACUUCUGGUUCUCAUCACCUUACAAAAAGAAAAACUUCAAGAGUUGCUCGAGUUGCUUAUUAGUUGUUAUGAUGAUUAAUAUUUCCCUAUGUUUUUGUUUAGCGCGUAAGUUUGUUUAGUGUCCUACUAUUAUUACCAGUCGUUUAAUUUGUCGUUAAUAGAAUUAGCGCGAAAACCUCUCCCCACUCUUAUAUAUAUAUAUAUAUAAAAAACCCAAACACACACACGCGAGAUAGCUACGACACACACACGGAAAUCAAAUACUACUGUUACUACUAAUAAUGGCAUCACACUACUGAGAAAGAGACUAUUUAAUCGAAGAAAAUAAGAAACAGAGAGAGAGACAGAGAGUGCGAGAUACAUAAUUGCAAAUGAGAACAGAUUGUCUUUGGAUUUUUUUUGUGGGCGGGUGUGUGUGUUGGUUCCACUUCGGGUCGGUUCGGAUUACAUUUAAGCCUUUCUUCGUGUGCAAAAACAAAGCUGCAAUUCGCGCUCUGCCAUGGCAAAAGAGGCUCCCGCUUGCUCGAUGUCCUCGAUCAAUCGCUGUCUGUCUGGAUGGAAACUGUCGUUAGAAGCCGAUCGUCUUUGGGAAGAAUCCUACAAUCGGGUUCAUCGCUGACCCUCACGCUCUGUGUGUGUGUCUGUAUAAAAUACUGCAAACACUUAGCAGCGCUAUAUAUUUGGCUCAAUGGACGCGAAACAUUGUGUUAGAGAAGGUUGAGCGAAUUAGUAUGUGUGUUCUUUCCGGACCAUAGCUUAGGUGUAUAGUAGUAGCGAUUAAAUCAAAACAAAUUUAAAACCACAACCAUUGUUAGUAUCCCUUCUCUCCUACUUCCCUCUCCUCUCCUUUGAUCGAAUAACCUUGAAUUGGGUCGCAACGUGACAUUCGCAACGCGACAUCAUGUUUUUCUUUUUAACCUUAAGCACUGGACAAUGCAGAACGAUUCUUCCCCUUUUAUCUUUAUGUGUAUAUGUUUCCACUGUAUAACCUUUAACCCUUAACUUGUUACGCUGUUAUGUUGUUUGUAAAAUUUGUGACCACAAUUCACAGCACUGUUGGGUCGUCGAUGGUCGGGUUUAAUGCUCCCCACAUUCGGCCGGCCCCAGUGCAGUGCGUUGAGUUGUGUGGAAGAAGCGAACGCAAACCUGCGAGAGGAUCGCGUGUGGUUUGGUUUCGUGUUUGUAGAUUUUUUGGAACGUAGAUUUGUCCGAUCGCGGUAACCAUUACCGGGAUCUAGUUUGCUGAUAAAACUUGAAAGUGGACAAGUAGCGUGGAGCAUUUGUAAGCGCAAUCCGUAAGAAAACGAAAGAGAGAAAGAAAAAACGGUAGAAAAUAAAGUGUAAUAAUUUGUUGGGAAAUGAAAUUUUCCAUUCCCUUACUUAGAGACGAUACGAGCGUUUACAUGGAAGGAGCUACGAUUACAAUCUAUACACACUACUAAACACCAUACACACAUACAUGCAAAACACACCCAACAUUAUGAAAGUGUUCUUCAACUACUUCAAUUACUGGUUUGGUAAAUAGUGAACGAAGCUGAACAUGAAUGUGGUAUAAGUGCAUAAGUUUCUUGGAAAAUAUGUGUGAGAGAGAGAAAGAGAGAGAUUGAAAGAAAAAGCCCCCUUAUUGUAAACUUUAUCUACUACUCAGAUUCUAUAAAAAAAGAACAAAACAAAACAAGUGAAUAAUUUAACCCAAAGCCGAAUGUGUUAGUAGCAAAGAUUGUCUUGAUUGUCUUGCAAAUGCAAACUCCAUUGCAAAAAGGUUGCACCUGCAUGGGUCUGCCGCCGAGAGAGAGAGAGAGAGAGAGCUAAAUCACGAGAGAAAAGCAAACCUGCGAUGAUCCAUUUGAGUUUAAAAUACAGAUUAAUGCAAACUGUAAUGCAUAUUGCAAAGUGAA